UUUUGUCAUUUUAAAAAAUUUUGUAACCACACAAACAUACAAUACACGUUUUCUGGUUUCCAAAAAAUAAUCAAGAGGAACAAGAAGGCAGGCUAAAAGUUGUUUGAUUUUCAAACAACGCGCCAAGUUUGUUAUUUGUUACCAAGUUUUAAUUGCAUAUGACGUCGAUUUUUCGAAAAGUAUGGCCGCAUCAAUCGACAAUUCUCUCUCAUUCAUUUUGUUCAAUCACUCAAUUUUUACUGUCAGUCAAAUCAAGUUCUCUCGUUGUAGCAUCAUCAACACAACCAUCGACAAUUUAUAUCAAACAAAAGAGCAGAGAAACAUGCUGGUUAUCUGAAAAAUAGAUAGAUAGAUUGUUGAAGAUUGCUGUUUUGCUGUUCACUCUCAUUCCAUCAGUCAGUCUGCCUCAAGUCACACUCCAUUCAACAAGAUCGAAGUCGAAGACGAGAAGAAAAUUGUAAAUUGUCAUCAUCCUGGAGAAUCACAUAAUUGCACAGAGAAAAUUUUAAAUUCUUACCGGGUUUUGUGUAUGUGUUUUUUGUUUUUCGGAUUUACUUUCUUUUUUCCGUUUGUUUGUUUGUUUGUUUAUUUGCAAGAUUGCAAUCACACUCUAUUGCUUAUGUAGAUAAUUUUUUUACUUGUGAAAUUUUUCUGUGCCUUUUGUGUUCUUUUCUCUGUUCAUCACACACAUACACACAAACAAAUUCCGACCAAUUAUCCGAACUUGUUAAACGAAAUUUUUGUUUUAUGUGGAGAAUACUCACUCGAUCAUAUAUCCCUAAUUCAAGUGGCGAUGGUGAUAUGAUUGGAAAUGGCGUUAAAACGAAAAUAAUUGAUAUGAUGAUAUUAUAGCAAUGUAAUGAAGGAUCACACAUCGAGCUAAAGCAAGCACGAAAAGUUGUCAAAUUUUCAUCAUCAUCAUCAUCAUCAUCAUCAUCGUUAUUAUAAAGAACUCGAUUUCAAUCAGAAGCAUCAUUUACAGACACAAAAUAAAAGAAGAAGAAAAAUCAAAUCAAAUAUUUACCUAAAAAAUCACCAUCACUUUGGACAACAAAAACGACUUUUUUGUUUUUUGGUGGCUUCAAGUUUCAUCAAAAAAAAAAAUUUAAUUAUAUACCUGGUCCUCGAAAAUUUAGCGAAGAAAAAAGAAAUUGUCCCCUUGUUUGUUUAUGUGAUCAUAUAUCGCACACCAAUCAAGCAAUCGAAAACGAGAGACGCGUGGUCUUUUAUCAAGAGAAGCAUCGAGAGAAUUUUUCAAAUACAAAUAAGAAGAAAAUGCAUAACCGAAAUGAUUUAAAGGUCAGUUUGACAUUAUUAAAGGUGUCGAAAAAUUGUUUUUUCUUUACAAACUAAAAAAUUCAACCAAGCAACAAACAGCAGAGAAAAUUAUCAUUGUUUUUGACAACAAACAAAUCUUAUAUCUCGAUCACAGCAGCAGAAGAAUCUAGCCGAAUGAAGAUCGAAUUUGAUGAAGGUGAAGAAGAAGAAAAAGAAUCCAAGUUCGUGACGACGACGACGACGACGAUUCAACAAACAUCACGUAUUACGAGAAAUCAACUGAAUAACUUCUCGAUGCAUUUUUAUUCUUCGCCACAUAUGACAAAUGAUGAUCGUAGAUCGAUAAUACAAAACGAUAUUAUUAAUAAUCGUCUAUUGUCAUCAUCAUCAUCAUUAUCAGAUAAUGGUGUUGAUGAUGACAAUAUUUCAAUAUCUACAUCAUCGUCGAAUUUUUUAAUAGAUAAUCACGGUAAUGAUCUCUUUAUGAAUAGUAAUAAUUCAACUACCACAGCAACAACAACAGAUGGAACUGGAGUGAUAAACAAUAUGACCAAUAGUAAUAAUAACCAACAAUCAAUACAGCAAACAACUAAUACUCAUAACCAUCAUCAUCAUUCAUUGGCUGAUGAUCUUUCAUCGUCACCUUCCACGACCACCACCACGAUCGGAUAUAAUCACCCUAAUCAUCAGCAAUCAUCUAUUCAUCUAAAUUCAAAUCAUCAAAUGAUAGGCCAACAACAACAUCUGCAAUCGCAUCAAACAUCAUCAUCAUCCGCACAAUCAUCAUCAGCAUCAAUGGCUAAAUCAUCAUCGAAUGGUGUCAAACGUGGGUCGUCAUCAACUGCCACAAAAUCGGGAUCAUAUAAAAAUGGAUCGGGAAAUAAAUCCGGUGGGAGUUCUAGCAGUGGUGGUGGUGGUAAAAAAACCAAAGGAAGAGUUAAAAUCAAAAUGGAAUUUAUUGAUAAUAAAUUACGACGAUAUACAACAUUCUCGAAACGUAAGACUGGCAUCAUGAAAAAGGCUUAUGAAUUAUCAACAUUGACCGGAACACAGGUAAUGUUGUUAGUGGCAUCCGAAACUGGACAUGUUUAUACAUUUGCAACACGUAAACUUCAACCGAUGAUUACAUCGGAUGCGGGUAAAGCACUUAUACAAACAUGUCUGAAUUCACCUGAUACAGGUGGAGCAGUGAAUACUUCAUCAAAUAAUCAUCAUCAUCAGAUACCGGAUGUUAUUACCACCAAUGGCCAUAUAUCAAGUGCUGCGCUCAAUCCGUCAAAUGGACAUCAUCAUCAUGGUGGAUCAUCUACAACCACCGAUGCAAAUAGCGGUAGCGGUAAUAGCGGUAAUCAUCAUCACCAAAAUAGUAGCAAUAGUGCCAAUUCAUCAUCAACCUCGUCAUCAUCGUCGUCGACUUCGAUCACUUCAACAACGACCACAUCGGCAACAACAGCCAAUUCCAAUAAUAGUCAACAACGACAACAACAACAAUCCAAUGAUCAACGUAUGUCAGCCGCUGGUUUCGAAGAACCGGAUCUUUCAUAUUCGGUCGAUACACCACAAUCAUCAACGACGACAAUCAUUGAUGAUUGUUCACAUCUUAAUGAUAAGAAUAUCUUCACUGGUUGUCUAACAUUUGGCACAAAUAUGGCUUCCAUGUUGAAUCAACAACAAAAUUCUUUCUUUAUCAAUGGGCAAGCAAUCGAUCGUUCAGAAUUUGGAAUUCUUGAUGAUAUGGACGAUGAUGAUGAUGACGACGACGAUGACGAGGAUGAAGAAGAUGAAGAUGAGGACGAUGAAGAUGAUUACGAUGAUGACGAUGAUGACGAUGAUGAGGAUGCGGAUGAUAUUGUAGCCAAUACUACUGAUUGUCUAUUGCCAACAUCUGCUAACAACAAUUCGAUAAUAUUCCAACAACACCAGCAGCAACAACAAAAUCAACAUCCUGAAGUAACUGCCGUAUCAUGGUCAUCAAAUCUGAUGAUGAAUACACAUUCGUUAACUAAUUCGGAUUGGAAUCGUGCAUCUAGUGGAACAAGUGGCAGCCAUCAUCAUGUUUCGGAUCGAAUUAAAAUGAAUUUGAAUCUUAAAAUUCAACAAAAACAACAACAGCAGCAACAGCAACAACAACAACGAUGCAAACAACAACAACAACCGUAUGUCACAAUUCGACAACAAACAUCAACAAAUUUUCCACAUCAGCAAUCACAAUGUCAGAUGCCACGUGUGCAAUCGAAUCGAAAAAAUAUCUCAUCGUCCAAUAAAACUAGCUCAACACCUAAAACUCGAAAAAUUUCCAACAGCGCACAUCUUAUAAAUGCAAUGGAUCAGUCACGUAUGCUGGAUUCGAAUUCUAUACUUGAUUCUUGCUUUCCAUUCAAUGGAUCAUUGAUCGAAACAAAUCAAUAUAAUUUGGAUACCAUUUUAAAUACAUCAAAUUUAGCACAAAAUAAUGCAGAUUUAUUGUCACAAUAUUCGUUUGGAUCUAAUGAUCAUCAUUCAUUGUCAGUGCAGAAUCCUAAUCUACUUCUUUCUUCGACUUCUUCUUCUUCUUCUUCUUCCAAUAGUGGAAAAAAACAUGUGCCACCAUCGAAUAAAUCAUCACUACCUAAAUCCAAUUCGAAUCGUUUGACCAAAUCAAAAGUUGGAACUUUAAAAAACAUUUCUGACCCUAUGAUGAUGAUGUCUACAGCCAUGGCAACAACGGCAACGGCAUCAUCAUCGAUGAACAGCAACAACAAUAAUAAUAAUAAUAAUAAUCACGAUCCGAAUCGUUCAAUGUUAUUGUCAACAUUAUUUCAAAAUAAUUCUCUGGUUAACAAUAAUCGGAACGAAUCUAAUGUUAGUAAUAACAACAACAAUAAUAAUACCGGAAACGUGAUUUCGACAGCUAACGCUGUCGCUGUUACAUCAAAACAGCAGCAGAUUCUUUCAUCAUCAUCAUCAUCAAUACAGCAAACAGUACCGACAACGAUAACAAUUGUGAAUAAUAACAAUAAUCUUCAACAACAACAGCAAUUGUUAAAAGCAGCCAAUUUGAAUACAAUUAUCAAUAAUUUGACCAAUAAUAAUAACAACACGACGACGGCUGUAACCGUAUCGUCGCCAUCAAUGAUUCAUAAUAACAAUAACAACUGUGGAAACAAUAUUGCUCAUCCUCGCCAGCAUUCGGCCAUCAUUAAUCCCAAUAUUCAUCAAAAUUUUAUAAAUCAACUUUCAUCAUCUUCAUCGUCACCAACGACAACAACAUUAAAUAAUAUAAUCAUAACAACGACAAUGAUGCCCAUCAAUAAUAAUAACAAUAAUACGAUCACAUCAUCCCUUCAUCCAAUAUACAAGAUCAAUUGGCAGCUAUAGCGGCUCAACAAUUUCUAUCUUCAGGCAAUGUGAUACUUUAUCCACAACCAAAGAUUACAUCUAAUAACAACAAUUCAAAUAUAAUGGAUCCUGGAACCGGUGUUGUUGGUCAACCAUUUAUCGGUAAAUCCGAAUCAUCAACGCUUUUAAUACAACAACCAUCUGUAUCGGCUACUGGUUCAGUAUCCGGACAAUUAUUCUAUAAUGCAUUGGCUGGUCGUCUUCUUUAUACGAAUACGACCACAGCAUCAACAAGCAAUCACCCCGUUCCCUCAUAUAAUAUGCUGAAUGAUAAUGCAAUGUCAAAGACAGCUAAUUGUGGACCUAAUACAAUUCAAUUAUCAACUCAAGAUAGUGUUAAUCUUUUGUUUGCCAACACUGGUGGAAUGGCUCAGUUGAUAACACCAUCAAACAAUAAUCAGCAAUCUAGUCAGGUACAAACUUUGGGUUCAACAUCGUUUUUAUCAAAUAGAUCCAAUCGGCUUGCAAAGAAUGAUUUUAUUGCAAUAAAGAAUGAAUUGAAUGUCAAUUGUCCAUCAUCUAGUUCAUCAACGACAACACGGUUGACAACAAUCAAUGCAAAAUGUACAGACAAUAAUGAUCCAUUUGAUGCCGAUAAUUUGCUCAAUAAUAGUCAACUUGAUCAUCAUGCUGCUCAUGGUCUUCUUCCUCCUCGUCAUCAUCAUCAUAAUAAUAAUUUGAGCCCAACACAUUUUCAUCAACAACA